GGAAGGAAGAGAUCUCCGUCACACAUAUACAAACACACGCUCUGCUUCGUCCAAUCACCAAACACGCUUUAAUGACUCUCACAUUUUCCUCCUCCGCCGCAACCGUUGCCGUUGCUGCUGCAACCGUAACCUCCUCAGCUAGGGUUCCGGUUUAUCCACUCGCCUCCUCGACUACUCUUCGCGGUCUCGUUUCCUUCAGGUUAACCGCCAAGAAGCUUCCGCCGCCUCUUCGUUCUCGCUGCGGCGGCGCGAGUGUGAGAGCGAUGUCUGAGCUUGUUCAGGAUAAGGAAUCUUCUGCCGCGCCGAGCAUUGCUUUCGAUGAAGCCGCCGGAGAGACGCCGAGUGAGCUCAAUCAUUCCCUUACUUUCUUGGAUGCGCGAAGUGAACAAGAUCUUUUAUCUGGUAUCAAGAAGGAAGCUGAAGCUGGAAGGUUGCCUGCAAAUGUUGCAUCAGGAAUGGAAGAAUUGUAUUGGAACUACAAAAAUGCAGUUUUAAGUAGCGGAGCUUCCAGGGCAGAGGAGACUGUUAUAUCAAACAUGUCUGUUGCUUUCGAUCGCAUGCUUCUUGGUGUUGAGGACCCUUAUACUUUUAAUCCAUAUCAUAAAGCAAUCAGAGAACCAUUUGACUACUACAUGUUUGUCCAUACAUACAUUCGUCCUCUAAUUGAUUUCAAAAAUUCGUAUGUUGGAAAUGCUUCUAUUUUCUCUGAGUUGGAAGACAAGAUUCGGCAGGGACACAAUAUUGUAUUAAUAUCAAACCAUCAAAGUGAAGCUGAUCCGGCUGUCAUUUCCCUAUUGCUUGAAGUACAGUCUCCUUUCAUAGGAGAGAAUAUUAAAUGUGUGGCUGGUGAUCGAGUCAUCACUGAUCCUCUUUGUGUUCCGUUUAGUAUGGGAAGGAACCUCAUAUGUGUGUACUCGAAAAAGCACAUGAACGAUGAUCCUGAGCUUGUUGACAUGAAAAGAAAAGCAAACACACGAAGCUUAAAAGAGAUGGCUACAAUGCUCAGGUCUGGCGGGCAACUUAUAUGGAUUGCACCAAGUGGUGGGAGGGACCGCCCUGAUCCUUCUACAGGGGAAUGGUUUCCUGCACCCUUUGAUUCGUCUUCGGUGGACAACAUGAGAAGAUUGGUUGAACAUUCUGGUGCUCCUGGACAUAUAUACCCAAUGUCCUUGCUUUGCUAUGACAUCAUGCCUCCUCCACCCCAGGUUGAGAAAGAAAUUGGAGAGAAAAGGCUGGUUGGGUUUCACGGUACUGGACUAUCAGUUGCUCCUGAAAUCAUUUUCUCAGACGUCACAGCAGACUGCGAGAACCCUAACGAGGCGAAAGAAGCAUACAGCCAAGCUUUGUACAACUCGGUCAAUGAGCAAUACAAGAUUCUAAACUCUGCGAUAAAACACAGAAGAGGAGUAGACGCAUCAUCUUCAACGGUCUCCUUGUCACAACCUUGGAAUUAGUCUCUCAUUUUUUUAGGGUAGCACUUUCAAAAACCCAUAAAUAUCUUGUCUCAAGAAUUUUGCUGCAACUAUGUAUAUAUAGAGAGCAUUGUUCUUUUAUAUCUGCAGGGAUACACAAACACAAAUGAAUGGAAAUACUCAAAAAUGGAGAUAUUAUUCACACGUUGUCCUAGGGAGUGCCUUUGUUUUUUCGUUAUUUUCAAAACCAAAAAAAAGUUCCAAAGUCUCCUUGAAACAACAACAAAAAAAAAAAGAAAAACAGGUACGUUGGUUCUAACGUAGGAAUGGUUUGUGUACAUAUGGAAUAGUGAGAGAGAACAUACUGUUGCUAGGCUCUUUGGUCACAUAUGCUUUCAUAUGUAAUAUUCUUUUCUUUUAUUUCUUCUUGUGAUUCCUACCUACUAUAUAGAGCCGAAAUAAUUCACACUCCCAGUUUAUGCCU